GAAGUUGUGCAUUACUGUAGCACGGAUCAUAUCCCGUCAUAGCAUUAAGUAAGUAUUCCAAUAGAUUUAAGCCGACAGUCAGCCAAGCAUUGCUCUUGGUGAUAUUAAACCAGUCUGUUUCUAACAACACCAACAUUGGUCCGAGAAGGAAUGUGGGGCAGAUUGGAUACUGACCCCUCCCCUGCUUUCUGUAGAUCGGGAUACUGUCCAGGCAUGAACCAACUGACAGCUAGAAGACACCGAUCGAGGCUGAGGUCAUUCAUAUUCUAUUUCAUCGUCAUUGUCAUCACCAACGUUGUUUUGCUGUCGUCGCUGUCUACUCUACUCAGGCCAACAAAGGAGAUGUGGUUACCAAAGUUUCGGAGGAAAGCUACCCUUAAACACGGGUCCUAUGUCCAGAAAUUCCCCCAAACCAGAACCAACUUGAACAGAACAUUGCACAUCCUGCUCUGGACGCCAUUGUUUGGUGACCCGUCAUGGGCUUUCGACCUGAAGAAGGGAAUGGCGUCGUGCCCAGUGUCGGACUGUGUGUUGACCAGCGAUAAGUCCACCAUAGCUCACAGUCACGCUGUGGUGUUUCAUGCCAUGGAUUUAUUGAAUUAUUUCAUAGGAUACCCCAUGCCAGAAUAUCGUAGGACAGACCAAGUGUGGGUUUUGUAUAACAUCGAACCGCCUCCUAACAUUGCCAAAGACUUCCGGUCGUACGGGGGCGUGUUCAAUUGGACGCUGAUGUACAGGGCGGACAGCGACAUACAGCUGCCGUAUUUCCAAAUAGAGAAGCUGCCCCAGAAACUGACCCAAGUAAAGGACAUUGCUGCCACAAAAACAGCAGGGGUCUACUGGGUGGCCAGUAACUGUGGUGACCAAGCAAGACGACAGAUGGUAGUGAGAGAAUUACAGAAACACAUCCAAGUAGAUACGUAUGGGAAAUGUGGGGAUUAUGAAUUGAAUAACAUGGCUGACACAAAGCAUUACAAAUUUUAUAUGGCUUUAGAAAAUUCUUAUUGCCGUGACUAUAUCACUGAAAAGUUUACGGGUCCCCUUCGCCACGAACAGAUCCCUAUUGUUGCUGGGGGCGGGGACUACAGUAAGGUGGCGCCCCCGCACUCCUUCAUUGACGUCAGCGACUUCAACACCAUCCAGGAGCUGGCAGAGUACCUCAGGUAUCUGGACAAGAAUGACACUGCUUAUAACAGUUAUUUUGACUGGCACCGAGAAUAUCACAUGGUCAGGACUUAUCAAAUGGAGAAUUUAUUUUGUGACCUGUGUGAAGCUGUCCAUGACGAGACCCGCCCACAUCAGACUUACACGGACAUACAGGGAUAUAUAGAGGACGACACAUGCCAGCAAUGGACGCUUGCAGGGUACGCUUCCAGAAUGGUGCAGGGAUACGCCAUUAGACUCGGCCUUGUCUGAAGGUCGCCCGUCGGCUGACUCCGUCACGAUCACAAUCGGAUUUGUUCGGGAGAGUUCGUCAUCGGAUUCAUCAGAUCAACUAUCUGGACAGAAGUGAGGUGCCCAUAGUGGAAAGACAUAUAUUGAUGAUUUGAAACAGCGAUACAGUACUGUUGUAUCAAUGUACCGGUGUCAACCAGCCUCAUUGGUCGUCCUUCUCCGUAUAUUCAUCACAGCUCGUGUCACCUCGGCACAAGCCGAAUGUCAACAUGCGGGAAUUCCCGAAUGAUUACGGAAACAAAAGAGAGGUUCGCAAAGUGUGCCAACACUUAAGUCUUUGGCUUGUGACUCACGAUAUUUGUUAUUAAUCAUGUUGCACUUUCACGCCAAAAUUGAUAAAUCUCACGUCAAAGAGAGACACGAGAACUCAGUGAGUGUGUGAGUGAGUGAGUGAGUGAGAGAGGAGAGUGAGUGAGUGAGUGAACGUAUUUAUCAACCACCUGUUAUCAACCUGUAACUAUCUGGUUACUAACGGUGCGACGCCUGAUAAACACUCGAAGUUCAUAAAAUCCUUAUAGGUGCCUUAUCAUCACACUCACUGCAAGGCAGAAUUCCAAUAACACUAUGUCCCUUGUUUUCAUUUCAAUAUGGUGUUUAUAUAUUUUUUAGUGACAUUGGUCUUUUAAAUGUAAGGUCUAAUAACUCGUUUUAUAUUUGUUAUUAUAUAUUUAUUUUUUUACAUCCCACCGAGAUUCAAGUAUUGUUCACGCCUGUACGAGGGGCGUUUAAAAAGUAGUCAGCCUCACCUAGAAAUGAUACAAAUACAGCUGUUUUUAUGUUUUAUUUUUCUACAUACAUGUAUUUAUCUGUCAACCUCAAGCAAAUUGGUUUUGCUAUGUUUCAGCCUCACGAGCCCCAUUUUGUUUGACGUUUUGUCAUGGUACCCCCAAAAACGCAAAAUCUGCAAUACAUGCAUCACAAACUUCAGGAAA